UGCCGACCCGCCCAUUUCCAAACUGAGCCGCAGCACAGGGACCGCAUUCUACAUUGACAUUUACGAGGGCCAAUGAGACCCCGAAAGCGCGUUUUUUUCACGCGGCCAGUCCAAUGGAAACGGACCUAAGGCGGACCUUAAGAAUCAAACUUGGUUGAAUGGCAGUACAAAGACCACCAAAAUCAGAGAGGGUGAUGCGUAAUCGAUAACAGUGCAUAUGCUCCUUUACGGCACCGCAGGGAUUUCGCGCUGCAAGCAUCUGGUAACGUUGAGCCUUCUCUUUCAGCGUUCGCUGUGCGCUAAGGAAUUCGUCGUCGUCGCCGGGAGAAAAAAUGAAACGUUCAUGUGCUGCGCUGACGCGGGCGAUUCGUGCUGCAUGAUCCGACAUGGUUGAAACCCUCAACCGCCUGAAAAAAAGAUGCGGGUGGGCAGUCGUAGCAUUGUGACAGUUCGCUGAUCCCCCGCCGCGGUGUUCUCACGAUGCCGCCUCACUGAACUCCAUCGAAUUCGUCGUUUGCUUUUGGUCGUGUUCAGCUCCGAGUUCCCCGCCUCGGGUUCAGUGAUUGCGCGUGCGGGUCGUGAUGGUUUCGGAGAUGUGAGGCAACUAUGUAACCACCUACAAGGCUCAGAAAAGACGCGCAGGUGCGCGGCGCCGUGCACUGAAGCAAAGACUCCUUGCAGCGCGCGCCAUCGAUUCAUUCCAUGCUUUAUCCAGUUUUUUUCCCAGCGUUGACUUCGCAGACACGCACCCAACAAGGCAUGAAGAAGCGUUCGGAGGAAAAUGACAGACCUGAGGUCAAUGGGCCGUUCCUGUGGAUUCAACUUGGAAGGCUUACAAAGGACGAAGUGCUUGCUCCAUUCACGAGAGAUGCUAUAAACGAAUCUUAAUUUUAAGUUCACGUUACUGUAAUAAUAGCGUGGAACCAAUUCUUUCGGGAAAUUAGUACGCUUCAGUGAUGGUUUAUACGAGUCCUUGGAGUAUACCCCAGGUGAUAACUUUUUCGGUUUCAUUAUUUAAAAGUGGUCUUACUAGCAGUGGUAGUAUUUCGUCAAUGACCGCUUCACAGUUUCCAGUGUAACGGACCUACAGUUUAUAUUGGAUUUCAACUGAAGCCGCGGUAACCGUACACAGACGGAGUCGGUCAUUCCCGACUUUACUGAAUGGAUUUAAAAGAACCAUGAGUUUUGAACAUAAAAUACAAGAGAUCCUAAUUUUUACUGACACGUGGCUUAUGAAACAUUUAAAAAUGCAUUCACUGAAACGUAAACAAAGAAAAACAAAGAAAAUGAUUUGAUGGUUAUUUAUUUCUAAACAAACCGCAAUCAAUCGCUUAGAAUAUAUAUAACUGAAUUUGGUGUUGGGAUUAUGCGUUGCGCUUUCAUAACAUUUCUAAAAUAGCCAAAAACAGCAUAAAAAAACUUUUAAACAAACACGAAAAUAAUAAAUACAGCGUUUCGCUUUCGUUUUGAGAUUGUAGUUAUAUAAGCGUAAGAGAACGUCAAACAUUUUAUUAAUGGUAGCCUGUCUUUCUAAAAUAACAGUUUUGUGUUUUUAUUAGUUUCCAUUAGAGGUCUGCUUUUUGUUGCAAGUCUGUUUGCACUGAAGUAAGGAGCAUGUCAAGAUCCAAUAGCGUAAGUCCACCCGGCGUCGGUGCUCCUGGACCGAGGGGAGGGACCGAGCAUAGAUCUGCUUGGGGCGAGUCCGAGUCCGUUGCCAACGGAUGCCCAUACUCGGCCAGAUCGUCGAGCAAAAAACUCGCGCGCUCGAACAGCAGAUGGAGGGACGACGAAGAUUUCGACCGACCGCCGGGAAGAGCCACCACAACAACGGUCAGUCGGGUCAGUUUCAGGUCCAAGUCGGCGUGGCAAGACUAUGGGGAGGAGAGCCGAAAUAACAACAGGUCGUCCCCAAAGCACGCGGACGGGGAAGUGCGACCAAAGUCUGUGGAGUUAGGUCUGGAGGACAGACGAGGGAAGUCCAAACCUGACGAGGAGCUCGUGCCAGAAGUUCACUUCUCCAUGGUUGCCUGCUGCAGCAGCGUGAUGCAGAUUUUCAGGUCCAAGAAGUUCCAGUCGGAGAAGUUGGAAAGGUUGUACCAGCGCUACUUUUUUCGGCUCAACCAGAGCAGCCUGACGAUGCUCAUGGCAGUGCUAGUGCUCGUCUGCGCGGUCAUGCUAGGAUUCCACUGCGCGGGAGGGAGCUACAGCAAAUCGUACGUGGGGGUCUUCUCGGUGGCUAUUCUGCUUAUCCUCGUCCUGAUGAUUUUAUGUAACAGGAAUGGGUUCCACCAGGACCAUAUGUGGAUCGUCUGCUAUGUGGUCAUAUUGGUCGUGCUGGUGGUUCAGGUGAUCGGGGUGUUCCUCGUGAAGCCCAGAAGUGCCUCGGAGGGGAUAUGGUGGACCGUGUUUUUCAUCCACAUCGUCUACAUACUGCUGCCCGUGCGCAUGAGAGCCGCAGUCAUCACUGGAGUUAUACUGUCCGCCGUACAUGUGGCAAUCUCGUGGAAGCUGAACGAAUUGGACAUCUAUUUAUGGAAGCAGCUGGUGUCCAACGUGCUGAUCUUCUCCUGCACCAACAUCGUGGGGGUGUGCACCCACUACCCAGCCGAGGGCUCCCAGAGGCAGGCCUUCCAGGAGACGCGCGAGUGCAUCCAGGCCCGCCUGCACUCGCAGAGGGAGAACCAGCAGCAGGAACGCCUCUUGCUCUCUGUGCUUCCCCGCCACGUUGCCAUGGAGAUGAAAGCUGACAUCAAUGCCAAGCAGGAAGACAUGAUGUUUCACAAAAUCUACAUCCAGAAACACGACAACGUGAGCAUCCUCUUUGCAGAUAUUGAGGGUUUCACCAGUCUGGCCUCUCAGUGCACGGCGCAGGAGCUGGUGAUGACCCUGAAUGAGCUGUUCGCCCGCUUCGACAAGCUGGCCGCGGAGAACCACUGCUUGCGGAUCAAGAUCUUGGGGGACUGCUACUACUGUGUGUCCGGCCUCCCGGAAGCUCGAGCUGACCACGCCCACUGCUGCGUGGAGAUGGGAGUGGACAUGAUCGAGGCCAUCUCGCUGGUGCGGGAGGUGACGGGCGUGAACGUGAACAUGCGUGUGGGCAUACACAGCGGGCGUGUCCACUGCGGCGUGCUCGGGCUGCGCAAGUGGCAGUUUGACGUGUGGUCCAAUGACGUGACGCUGGCCAAUCACAUGGAGGCAGGCGGCAAGGCGGGGCGAAUUCACAUUACUAAAGCCACCCUGAACUACCUGAACGGGGACUACGACGUGGAGCCCGGUUUCGGUGGGGAGAGGAACGUCUACUUGAAGAAACACAGCAUUGAGACCUACCUCAUCGUGGGGUGCAGUCAGAAACGGAAAGAGGAGAAGGCCAUGAUCGCCAAGAUGAACCGCCAGCGCACCAACAGCGUCACGCACAACCCCUCCCACUGGUGCUCCGACCGGCCCUUCUACAACCACCUGGGGGGCAACCAGGUUUCCAAGGAGAUGAAGAGGAUGGGCUUCGAGGAUCCCAAGGACAAGCAUUUCAUUUUCAGAAACACGCAGGAAAACCUGAACCCGGAGGACGAGGUGGACGAGUUCCUGGGCCGGGCCAUCGACGCGCGCAGCAUCGACCGACUGCGCUCCGAGCACGUCAAGAAGUUCCUCCUCACGUUCCGGGAGCCCGACCUGGAGAAGAAGUACUCUAAGCAGGUGGACUCCAGGUUCGGCGCGUAUGUGGCCUGCGCCUCCCUCGUCUUCCUCUUCAUCUGCUUCAUCCAGAUCAUCGUGGUUCCGCGCUCCACUCUGAUGGUGGGAUUCUAUGUGACCUGUCUGAUUCUGCUGCUCGCGGUGAUGUUCGUCACAGCGGUGUACUCCUGCUUCCGGCUGUUCCCAGUGCCUCUGCAGACGCUUUCUAAAAAGAUCGUCCAGUCCAGGAUCAACAGCACGCUGGUGGGAGUCUUCACCAUCAUCCUGGUCUUUCUGUCUGCCUUCAUCAACAUCUUCACCUGCAGCACCAGCGACAUCCGCACCUGCCUGGCCCUGGAGUUCAACGUCAGCAGCGGCAGCGUCAACGCCUGCCACGUCCAUAACUCCGCCCUUAACUACACCCUCCACACGCUGGAGGGCUUCUGUGGGAGCGGCUCCUUCAACUGCAACUUUCCUGAGUACUUCUCCUCCUGUGUGCUCCUGAGUCUGCUGGCCUGCUCAGUCUUCCUGCAGAUCAGCAGCAUUGGGAAGCUCUUCCUCAUGCUCUUCAUCGAGCUGCUGUACAUCCUCAUCCUCGAGGUGCCCGUCGUCAGCCUCUUUGACAACGUGGACCUGCUGGUGACGGCCAACGCCAUGGAGAAUGGAACAUGCUCCGUAGAGAACUCAAGAGUUCCUCUGAAGAUCGUGACGCCCGUGGUGCUGACGGUCUUCGUCCUGGCCCUCUACCUGCACGCCCAGCAGGUGGAGUCCACUGCCCGGCUGGACUUCCUGUGGAAGCUGCAGGCCACGGAGGAGAAGGAGGAGAUGGAGGAGCUGCAGGCCUACAACCGGCGCCUGCUGCACAACAUCCUGCCCAAGGACGUGGCGGCGCACUUCCUGGCGCGGGAGCGGCGCAACGACGAGCUGUACUACCAGUCCUGCGAGUGCGUGGCCGUCAUGUUCGCCUCCAUCAGCAACUUCUCCGAGUUCUACGUGGAGCUGGAGGCCAACAACGAGGGCGUGGAGUGCCUGAGGCUGCUCAACGAGAUCAUCGCCGACUUCGACGAGAUCAUCAGCGAGGACCAGUUCCGGCAGCUGGAGAAGAUAAAGACCAUCGGCAGCACGUACAUGGCGGCGUCGGGCCUGAACGACUCCACGUACGACCGGGCGGGGCGCACGCACAUCCGCGCGCUGGCUGACUACGCCAUGCGGCUCAUGGACCAGAUGAAGUACAUCAACGAGCACUCCUUCAACAACUUCAAGAUGAAGAUAGGGCUGAACAUGGGCCCCGUGGUGGCGGGGGUCAUCGGGGCGCGGAAGCCGCAGUACGACAUCUGGGGGAACACGGUGAACGUGGCGAGCCGCAUGGACAGCACCGGCGUGCCGGAGCGCAUACAGGUGACCACGGACCUGUACCAGGUACUGAACUCCUAUAACUACACGCUGGAGUGCCGCGGCGUGGUGAAGGUCAAAGGUAAAGGCGAAAUGAUGACUUACUUCCUGAACGGGGGUCCGCCCAGCAGCUAACACCCGAUUGGACGUCGGCGUUCUGUGGGCGUGGCUCCGAUGGCGGAGCAGGCCAGGGACCUAUCUGGCGCUGGGACCUGGAGGAGGCUGUGUGACUGACACAGGCAUGCUCCGCCCCCGUGACACUUGGGUAACACCCCUCUAACCGCAGUGACCUGCCAAUCAUUGGAUCAGGAAGGAAGGAGGCCCCGCCCCUCUGCUGAGGCGGGACACCGAUGGGGGCGUGGCCAGGUUAUCUGAAGAGACCAAAGAAAUUCUACAGACUUGCUGCACAGACACACGCGCGCACACACGCGCAAACACACACGCACACACGCACGCGCACACACACACACAUACACACACACACACAUGCUGGCAAACUGAUAAACCGUUUCCUCGGUUUCUACAGACGAGAGAGGAAAUUGAUGCUCCCCGUCGGUCUCAGGCCGAUCUUCAAACGCAGCGCUAGACGCAGGGAGGCGCUCCGCCAUUUUCCCUCAAACGCUUCCCACCGAAGGAGGAAGCCUGCAGGAAGGACCGUGAGACGCACAUACACACGCAGAACAGUGUGUGUGUGUAUAUGCAAACGGUCCGUGUACACAGUCUCGUCCUCUUUGUACGCUGUCAGGUGGUACAGUAACCGCGAUGUCAAAUCCGCGUGUGUGUGUGUGUGUGUGUGUGUGUGGGUGCAGGCCUACUCUUAAACAAAAUGGCGCACGGUGUCUCAGACGUCAUCAGCCCGUUGUGAACCACUCUCCUGGGCUCAGCGUUUUACCGUCAGACACAAACACGCUUGUGCUCGGGGUGGAGGAGGGGUAGCCGGUGCGGGCCCCCAGGCGGGGGGGUCUGAGUGACCGGUUUAAACCGGGCUGUCCCGCACUCUGUCACAGCCCCCCUCCCCCACACGGAAACUGAAGACACUUUCAGAUACAAAAAAAAGUCGAUGUAAAGAAGCUUCUUUUUGUAUUUUUUAUUUUUUUUUUGUUAUUUUUGUUAUUUUGUAUUUUGACUCCAAAAACAAAAUCUAGCAGAUAUUUGAGAUUCUAUAUUUUGUACAAUAAUAUAGUAGAGAGAAUUGUAUAAGCACCAGUGUGUAUUUGGAUGUACAUAGGUGACAGAAUUGUAUUGCAAUCAUUGCUGUGUUAUUUUGAGGAGGGGGGGGUGGUGGUCCAUUUUUUUUGGGGGGGGGGGUGUAUGAAGCAGUCUCAGAGUGAGCACAGGACCUCCCCCAGUCAGCUUGAAUGUGCUUUUUAAAGAAAACGUUUAUUUUGGACUGCGGCUCCUUCAGACUGCUGCUGUUGCCGGGGGCGAUGAGAACGACAGUGAACCGAAAUGCAGACGUGCGGAAACAGACCCGGCGAGUCGAUCGCGGCGUCGCUUCCGGUUCUGGUUCCGGUUGCUUCCGCGUGUGUUACGGGCGUUCGCUGGGGUUCCCUAGCCAGGCCCUGUUUCGGGGGGGGGGUCGACUCUUAAUCAAAGCUGUUUUAUUUGCACUGCGCUGUAGGUCCACCCCCAGACCCCCCCACAGGUGGAUCAGAUGGUACGACCCGAUGAAUGUGCAAACUUCUCCAGAAAGAGGCCUUUCUGCGGACCCCCCAUACCCCCCCCCCCCCCCCAAAGCUCCGGUCCUGUGGCCUUGCAUCAGCCCAUUUUAUGCAUCAGUGUUACAAUCCUGCAAAACAAGGCCCCACGUGCAGUCCACCUGCACGGGGAAGGAAAACAAACGUGAUAUGUCAAUAUGUGGUCAGAUAUGAAAUAGAGAAUAUAAAGAAUAUUUAUUUUUUUGAUGUGCCAAGGUAGGAGACCCAUCUUAAAAAAAACGUAUCGCGUGUUGCCACUGUCGUGUGUGACCUUUGUCCAGCAGCUGUGUGAAGAAUACAAGCCCCAGAAGGCCGUAGGGGUACGCUGGGGUUUUUUUUUGUUUGUUUUGUAUUCACCUUAAAAUCAGGAACCAGUUUAGACCCAAGAACCCAUGUCAGGGGAGUUUGUUUGGUAACCAGCUGCGUUGUGUGUGAAAGCCAGCAGACGCUGUGGCUCUGCAGGACCCUGCUGUGGGUUGUUUUGCCAUUUUUUUUUAACACUAGUCUGUCGUAUGUGCAUAAAAUUACACAUGACAGUCGAGCACUUUUUAAAUACCUGAGGUACAUCUUGACGAAUUUAAAACAUAAUUUGGUUUUAGUUUUUUAAUAAGGGUCAGUUUCAUUGUUGGCAUUUAUUUGACCUUAUUUUUCUCCCUUUUUAACGGAAUCACCUUUAUGUGGCUGUGUUAUCUUUUAAAACAUGUCCAGACAUGUUUUGUUGGCAAUGAUGGUUCAUUGGUUUCUGUCUGACAUUCCAAAAGGAAAUAUUAAAUAUUAAUUUCAUAAACGUGAAGGUACGGGAAUGCGGGCAGGUUCAAAGCAGUUUGACUAUACCAAAAAAACAAAAACAUUUUAGUGGCUUCUCAUUCUGUUAAAAAUGUUGGCCUGCCAUGCUUUCAAAAUCACUCUGUCACCUUGCUAUUUCACUUUCUGGAAGGUAUCGGCACCGAAGCUUUUCUUGUUGCCAUAUUGUUUCGUUUUUUUCUUGCUCAUUUUCUCGCUGUGAAUGGAAUGUGUUGCUGAUGUUAUGAUGGUAAUCGUGCUCUUACUGGUGCACAGCAGUGUAGCGUAGCUUCCUGCCCAACACUAACCACACAAACGUUAAUAACGCUGACACAGCGAAACGGUACAGUGGUAGGGAUGUAAUAAGGCUGGAGUUUUAAAAAAAAAAUUUUUUACCACCCCCCCCCCCCCUUCAAACAACAUUAGCUAUGGGAGUUUUAAGUUUAAUUUCCCCUUUUCUUAAAUCUGAAUAUACACAAAUAUGAGUUGAUUUCCCGUGGGUGGGUCAUUGCUGUUUGGGGAGAGGGUUGCAGGCAGUGUGCACAUGGACUGCCCUGCUCUCCCUCUCUCCUGUAUUUUAUGAAGGAUGCUUUCUGAUCGUGCUCUCAGUGGGAUGUGUGUCAGAAACAGAGGAAGACCCUGGCGUGAUUUUAUAGGGGCAGAUCUGUAAAUGCAGACCGCACAGAACACAGACUCCUGUUCAUCUGCACUCACCCACCAUUUUAAAACACUAUGAUGGUUUUUUUUUUCUUGUUGUUCUUUUUUUUUUUUUUUUACAUCAAAAUAAACAAUUAUGUUAAACAUGCUGAGGAUUAUCA